AACUUAUUAAAUAGGAAAAUGCAAAUCUUUGUGAAAACCCUCACGGGCAAAACUAUCACCUUGGAUGUUGAACCAACAGACACCGUUGAAGUACUCAAGGCUAAAAUCGAGAACAAGGAGGAGAUCCCUAGUGAAGAAUUGAGACUUAUCUUUGGAGGCAAACAACUAGAAGACGGAGAUGAGCUACUAAGUGAGGGAGUGGAGAAGGAAUCAACAAUUCACGUUGUUCUUGGUCUGUCUGGUGGUGGUAAGAAACGAAAGAAGAAGGUCUACACUACGCCCAAGAAGAUCAAGAAGAAGACUAAGAAGGUCAAGCUUCCUGUGCUUAAAUACUACAAAGUGGACGACAGUGGUAAAAUCACCCGACUGAGGAAGGAGUGUGAGUCGGAAAACUGCGGUGCUGGUAUCUUCAUGGCCAACCACAAGGACAGAUACUACUGUGGAAAGUGUGCCCUCACUUACGUCAUCGACACCAGCAAAUAAACACCUCGACUGAGGAGGAAUGUUUAGCCGCAGAAAUCGAUGUCUGAAUUGACAGCAAUGAAAACUCCUGAUUGCUCAAUUUCAUUGUUGGAUCUGCGAGUUAUGAUGUUAAUUCAACUUUGAGUGGCAA